CCCCAGCAGAGAGCCACCAUGUGCACAGGGAAGUGUUCGAGGUGCAUUGGGAUCACACUGUUCCCGCUGGCUGCAUGUGCUAUAGUCUCCAACAUCCUCCUGUACUUCCCCAAUGGACAAGUUCUGCAGCUCAGUGAGAUUACCGAUCUGGUCUGGUUUUUCCAAGGCAUUCUGGGAGCUGGAAUACUGGUUAUUUUGCCGGCAUUCAUGAUGCUGGGAGCAGGCGGAGCAGGAUGUUGCGCUAACAGAUGUGGGAUGCUGCUGUCAGUGCUUCUGGCUCUGCUGGGGUUUGCAGGAGGAGUGUACUGUGCAGUCUUCUCCUCAAUGGGGCUGAUUGGGGGCCCUCUGUGUGAUACGGGUGAUGGGGAAUACCUCUAUCCUUUCAGAAACAACACUCUAGAAUACAAUUAUUUGUUCAACCAGACAACAUGGAGCAUUUGCAAAGAACCUGAAAACAUCGUCCUUUGGAACAUUGUCCUUUUCUCUAUUCUCCUGGCCAUUGGUGUGAUUGAAGCAAUUCUUUGCUUAAUUCAAGUCACCAAUGGCCUUAUUGGAUUUGUGUGUGGCACAUGUAUGAGGAGAAGAAAGACAAAUAUUUCGGGAAUGUGAACCACCUGCAGAGGAUACCAAGACAUGCCUUGAGCUGCAAAGUUAUAAGAAUAAUGCACUGUGCUGUAUUUAUGAGGGGGAACAAAGAAACCCACAAAUGUUCAGGAGUUUCAGGGGGGUAAAGUGGAUUUUUUUAAUGAAGAAAUCAAGGUUGAAAAUGGCUGGGUCAUUUCCAAAUUUCCAUCUCUCUAAAUACUCCUGCUGAAACUCAGGUACUGGCAAAAACACAAAUCUGUCUGGGCUGGUCUGCCAUGUUUAUGUAUAAAGCAAGGUCCCCAAAUAGAAGCUCACCAUUUGGCCUCUGUGUACCUGGGAAACUGAAUCACUGACAAUGUGUGCAUUUAUCAGCUGCACAAAGCAGGAUGUAAAUAGCUCUGCCUGGAUGUAAAUAGCUUCCUGUCUCCCUCAGACUUACCUUCAGC